AUGAGGCCCUCGACGAUUGUAGCCGCCCCCAGGGCGCUCGGCUGCCUGAGCGGGCGGUGUUUCGGCGGCGCCCGAAGCGCAGCGCCCUGCUUCCGGAACUUCUCGCAGUCGCGCCGCUUCUCGCAGCAACAGCAGCCAGCAGAGAAGCAGGAGGAGCGGAAGUGGUCGACGCCGCUGGCGAAGCAGCUUUUCGAGGCCAUCUCCACGACGGGCCCCGUGCCCCUGGCCAGCUACAUGCGCAUGUGCCUGACGGGCGACCUGGGCGGCUACUACAGCGGCGCCAUCGGGCAGGGGCGCGACCAGUUCGGCGCCAAGGGCGACUUCAUCACGUCGCCCGAGAUCUCGCAGAUGUUUGGCGAGCUCGUCGGCGUGUGGUUCAUCGCCGAGUGGAUCAGCCAGGGGCGCCCGAGCCAGGGCGUGCAGCUCAUCGAGGUUGGGCCGGGCCGGGGGACGCUCAUGGACGACGUGCUGCGGACCGUGCAGAGAUUCCCGGCCAUGGCGAGCGCCGUCGACUCCGUCUUCAUGGUCGAGGCGAGCCGCGCGCUGCGUGACGCGCAGAAGACGCUGCUGUGCGGGCCGGAUGCUCCCUCGACCGAGUCCAAGGUCGGCUAUCACAGCACUGGAAAGCACCUGGGCAAGCCGAUAGUGUGGACCGAGACCAUCAAGUCCAUCCCCAUAGAGCCCGACAAGAUGCCCUUCAUCGUGGCUCACGAGUUCUUUGACGCGCUUCCCAUCCACACCUUUCAGACCGCUCCCGCAAAGCAGACGAAGCCUGCAGCAGGGUCUACUCCCCAAGAGCAGCAACGGCAGCAACGGGUCGACAACCCCGGCCCUCCAGCAAUGGAGUGGCGCGAGAUGAUGGUCUCGCCUGUCCCUCCCGCCGCCCUCACCCCUUUGCUCACCACCACCACAUCAUCAUCCUCCUCCUCCUCCUCUUCCUCCAACGCCGACGACCCCGCGACAUCCCCGCCCGAGUUCCAGCUCAUCCUCUCCUCCGCACCCACCCGCCACUCGCGCUACCUCCCCGACUCCUCCCCGCGCUACCGCGCCCUCAAGCACACCCCCUCGGCCCUCAUCGAGGUCUGCCCCGACGCCUCCCUCUACGCCAGCGACUUCGCCGCCCGCAUCGGCGGCUCCCCGCAGCACCCCAAGCCCACCCCCAGCGGCGCCGCCCUCGUCCUCGACUACGGCACCGCCGACACCAUCCCCGUCAACUCCCUCCGCGGCAUCCGCCACCACCGCCUCGUCAGCCCCUUCGCCGCCCCCGGCCUCGUCGACCUCAGCGCCGACGUCGACUUCACCGCCAUCGCCGAGGCUGCCACGCGUGCCAGCGACGGCGUAGAGGUCCAUGGCCCGGUCCCACAGGCCGACUUUCUCGAGCUCAUGGGAAUUCGUGAGCGCGCUGAGAUGCUUACCAAGGGCGCGCCAAAGGAGACUGCCGAGACUGUCGACAAGGCGUGGAGGCGCCUCGUCGACCGUGGGCCCAACGGCAUGGGCAAGGUGUACAAGGCCCUCGCGAUCCUGCCCGAGAAUGACGGGCGCCGACGGCCCGUAGGCUUCGGUGGGGAUGUCCGGGGUUAG